GUUACAUAUCAUAUCUUAUUAACCAGAUGUCUAUUCCUCCCUUAACUUACUAUGUACACUUGUAAACACGCAAAUCUCUAAAACUCACUACUAAAGAACAAGUCUCAGUCCAAGACAUCGGAUAGACAACUUUGAAGAGAAUCAAUUACUUCUUCGACAAAAAUUCGUAAUAAUCCAUUCGUCGUCAAAUGGGGUUCCCGGACCUUCCUCUUGAAAGGGCAGAAGGGGGUAUAAGUAACCCAGCGCGUUUCGCACAACUCCGUCAACUCGUAGCUGGCGGCUCUCUCACCAGCGAAGAACACCGAUAUCUAAAAAUACUUCUUUCUAAAACCAACAUUGACAUAAUUAGCGAGCUUCCAAUUGAGAUUGUCGGACAAAUUACCGAUUUCCUGGAUCUGCACCAAUACGUUGCCUGUCUUGCAGUAUCCAGACGAUGGCGUGACAAGUUUCUUUCUACUCCUGUCAUAAGAGCUGUGGUUAAUAGAUUCUGUCCUUCCUUAAGACCAGUUUCUGGAGAUACUCAGGACAGUCCAGAGGACUCCCUCAGGGUUCUUCACAAAGUAGGACGAGUACGAUGGGCCUGUGUUCAAUCGAGCUUUGCGAAGCCCUUCUCUUGGGAGCAUGAAUCAUUCUUCAAGCUCGACCCAGUCUAUCAUGGCAGCAAUGCGGACACGUCAACUGCGUAUGCGCAAUUUGGUCGCCAUCAUGAUGACCCCGAACCAAAUAGCCUAGCGUACUGGGAUGCUUUAUACUCGAAUGGCAAGAUAGCGUGGCUUGCUAAACGCCGUAUCGUGGUUGUUGAUAGUCUUUGGUCACGAACUCGGAAGGUUUUCAAUGUACCAACGGGCCCGCUCGUCGGCCCAGCACUCCAACUCCUGGCACUUGGAAAUCGGCUCAUCGUUGGUUCCAUGGAUCGUCUCUUAGUCGCAUGGGAUCAUAUUACAAACAAUUACCUGCAGAAAAAGUUACCAGGGUCUAUCAAUCAUGCUGUAACCGAAGGAUCUAGGGUCGCCAUUAUUCUCUUCAGUGGAGAUGUUUUUCUCUGGGAAUUCGGCGGUAAACUUUCGGCCCUUCCAACUUCCCCUUUACGAGACCACCAUGGCUUGGAUAUUGGGUCUCAAAGAUCAUGGAUCUCGAAUCUCCGCGUUAUUUUCCAUCCAAAUUCUAGGGGAACCCUAUUUAUCGCCUCUGCCUAUACCCAUUAUACCGAUACCAAGGCCGUCCUUAAGCGAGUUGUUUAUGAGUUCAAAGGUAUCAAUCAUAUAAAUACCUAUGAAUUUGAAAUAUCACCGAAGAGCUACAACAGAAAAGGCCCCGCUGAUGUCAAAGUCGAAAUCCGCAAAUUGUUACCCUACCGUCGUGAUAUCAUCGGGUUCUGUCAACAUCAUGAACGCCUUGACCCGAGGUUCAUGACCCUUUAUGAAACUUUUGUAGAAUUCGAUAUAUAUGAUCGAAAAUUCACCGCAAGAGAGGGCGAGGAGUUUGAUUAUCAUGAAUUCGGUUGGCCUACGAUGCUGGAAGAAGCCGACUUAGACUUUCUUGUCCGGUUCUACAGCAAUGGAUUUUCAGCUCACAGCUAUCAGCCCGAGUUUGACUUUAAGAUCGGCGAAUAGCCUUUCAACGCGGAGCAACACGGAGCAACACGGAGCAACACCGCAAGCGUCUUGAGGAAUAAUAAUUCACUACUUAUAAUACAGACCACUAAAUAUUCCAUCUAACAGGAUAGUUCUACAACUAGGUCAACGAUAUUCGCCUGAGACUAAUAAGGAGUCCUUUGCAAUGUCUUUCUUGACGAUCACUCAGGAUGGAUUUUAUGUGCUCCGUAUUCGUAUUAUAUUAAUUUCGCGCAACGCGGAUUUUUGCGUUCUUUUUUUCUUCUUCUUUUGCGUCCCCUCGACAAUAUAGUCUAGAACCUUCUUACUUUUCAGGUUAGAGGCUGCUCGCGGCUCGGCAACGACUUUAGCAAGAGGCGGGGGAACAUCGCAUGAAGGGAGAGCUAGGUGAC